UCCAAGGGAAAUUAGAUCAUCAUUUUCCGUCAGAAUUUGGUGGUCAAGAUAUCAAAAGUUUUAUCCAUCUUCAUUAAUACACAGGUUUCAUUGGAACCAUCCUUUAUGGAAGCUGUCGAGGGAUGUGCUGAAACUGUGACAUUUCCAGCUGCAGUGGCCUGUGAAGGAUCUUUGCAGGUGGAAGUGGUGUUCCUCCUGGCACCAGACCUGAAUCAUGUAAGCGCUGUAAAGGGUCUGGCACGACUUUCAUGCAAACUGGCCCAUUUAGGAUGCAUACUACUUGUUCGAAUUGUGGUCGUGAUGGUAAAACCUUUGCGGUAUGGUUCGCAUCUUAUCUGGACUAAUUUUCGCUACUCUACAAACAAAUUUAAUUGUCUAUAUUCAUUCUCCAGACAUGCCAUGUCAAUCAAUAAAAUUUCUGGAACCUGA